AAGAUGCACGGCUCUCGCCGCGCUGCAACCCUGCAGCCGGGUGACUAUGACCACGAAAUCACACUCACGGACGAUGAAGCGGCCCAGUCGCUGCGACCCACGAGCUCUGUCUCCGGAGGCGGCGAGCUGGCUCCCACCAAUACUUCGACGCAGCUGCUUCCAGACAGGGGGCCAGAGACGGAGCAGGCCCAGCACCAGCCGCCAGACGAUGGCGAGACGGAGCGCCGAGAUCACGCACCUCUGCACCCGAGUACAUCAAAGGGCAAAGAUGGCGGCACAACAUACCAAACGACUGCAUUGGAGACUACAAGCGAAUUGGGCCCGUCACAGUCUGGUGUGCAGCCGUCGAUUGAGAUUCGCGCUCCAAGCGUCGACGAAUCGCAGCACACGUCAAACUGGGAUACCCGCUCACGGCCAAAGUCGAGGGAGAAGCGAGAGACUGCCAUAGACAUUCUCUACGAAAAUGAAAGAGGAGGCUUCAUGUGUGGCGUUGCUCUGUUUUCCAGCGCAGCUCUUGGUUGUCUUGAUCCCACCCCCUGGACCAACGCAUAUCACCAUCCAUCCCCCACGGACAUUUACACGGCCCAAGUGCCCGAUCCUUCAUGGGAGUGGGUAUGGCCCGAAUGGCGGGUCUAUCAAGAGGACGGCACGGACGAGGGCGGCUGGGAGUAUUCCUUUGCCUUUCAGAGGCCAUUCUCCUGGCAUGGGCCAACAUGGUGGAACUCAUUUGUCAGGCGCCGCAUUUGGAUUCGCAUGAGGGCAAAGAAGCGGCCCGAAGACCUGCCCUCCGAUCCAAUCUUGCUUGCGGGAGUCGACUACUUCAAGCUUCACCCGUUGUCCGUGGUCGGCCCGCCUCUGUCUGGCAGUGUAUCCGGCAGUCAGGUCCCGAGCAAGGUCCCGAGCAAGGCUAGCCUGACACAGGCACCGCCUGCCGGGCACAGCCGAGAGCGGCCGGACACCGAGGACAUGGACAUGCUCCUGCAGGCCCUGCGCGCUGCCAGGAUUGACCGGGAGAAGAGGGAAGCCAUCGAGAACUACAUGGAACACGCCAUAGAUCUCUCGGAGCUGCAGCAUGGGAUGCACGAGAUAAUGUCUCUGUUUGUGUUCCAGCAAUCGCGCAGGGAGUUGCUAUCGUACCUCAUGCAGAAGCAUGACGAGAUCGCCAAGGCAUGCGAAGAGGACAAGAGUCCGGAGCUGAAGCGACGCAAAGAGGCGCUCGAUGCGGCUACCAAGCACGCCGAAGAGGAGGUCUGCAGGCUGGCUUACUGGAGCGACGUGAAGCAGAUGGCCGAGAGCGGAGAGCUGCGAGACGUGGUCGACUCUUGCGAGGGGCUGGGAAGCGACCCGUGGCAGGGCCUGGAUAAGAGUGCUCCAGAGCCGCCCCGGAACGGCAAGAUGCCGCAGCCACAAGAAGCAGCAGCAGCAACAGCAGCGGAAUCAUCAGCAGAAUCAGCAGCAGCUGAGAUAGGCUUCCCCGAUGCAUCCAUCCUGCCUGUAAAAGAGGCGGCAGCAGAGGCACACGCCAACAACGCCCGGAACCGCAUGUUUAGACAGGCCUUCCAGGAAAAGAGCCCCGAGCGGCUGCGCCAGGCAGAGCGGAAGCUGGCCUCGCCGUACGUGCCCACGGUGCGCGACUAUCCGUCCGCCCACGCGGCCAAGGAGAGCAGGACGCACGCGCUGCGGGUGGCGAGAGUGCAGGUCGCCUUCGACGACAUCUGGCGGCACUUUGGCCAUGGCAUCCCGGACUGGAGCGAGACGUUCAACCUGCUCAAGAGGAUGAUGACGAGGCGCAGCGAGCCGUCGAGCAUGGCCGCCAUGCGCAUCGUCCUGCCCAAGUCGUGGGCGCUGGAGCUGGGCAGCAAGAAGAUUGAGUUUGUGGACUCGACGACGGGCUUGCUCGCCAAGCUGCGCGUCUCGUCGGACCACCAGGACCCUUGCGCCAUCAUCCUGCGGGGGAAGAGCUCGGUGCUGGCCAACGCCGCGGAGGAGCUGGUGGCCGCGUGCAAGGACGUCGAGGUGUACAAGCUCGGAGAGGUUGCGGCCUUUGGGUACGAGGUGCAGCGCCUCUGGCCGGGCAUCGAGGGCGCGGCGGAGGGCGGAGCGCUCAUACCCGACGACAAGCAGGACAACAUCUGGGUACACCAGGAGUACCAGACGUACUGGGUCGAUGUACCGUACGAGGAGGCGCCCCGGCCGGAGCAGUGGACGAUGGAGAACCUCGACGGCUACAUCCGGAUGCUUGUCUGCGGCCGGCUUCGUCCGCACCUCGCCCUGCGCUACUAUGCGAAGCCGGAGAAGGACGGCACCUUUGUCGACACGGAUGGCAUCAGAGUCCAGCUCAUCAUGGCUGCGCUCACGGACGCUGGCGCCAAGCCCUACAUCACGCCGUCGAUCCUCAAGAUGGCCAUGUCCUUCAUGGCACAGAAAGGGGGCCACCGAGCCGACGCGGAUCGGCUGCUGACUCUGGCCGAGGAAUGGGGCAUACCCCUGGAUACCGAGGCCUACAACAUCAUGCUCGAGGGCUACGUCACCAAGCGCGACGUUGCCUUUUUCCACAAGCUGCUCCUCAAGAUGCAGCAGCGCUACUUCCAGCCCAACGCUCGGACGUGGUUGUUGUUCCUCGAGCUGGUCGAAAAGGAAAUGGAGAGGCGGCAAAUCAUUGUCGCAAUGUACGACCUGGGGCUGUUUAACGACCCGGCCACCCGCAGAGGCAUCGCCAGGAUCAUGGCCACGCACGACGCCUACGUUGCGUUCCGCUCCGGCAAGCGACUCGACGCCUUCAUGGCGGAGCAAAAGUCGCGCUACGGGGACGACUGGUUCACCACGGACGCCAUGAACAGCAUCCUGACCGAGUUCUUCCGGUUCCACGAGCGGGACCACCGCCGCUUCGACGACUUCCGGGGCCUCAUCGAGAAGCAGUCCGAGGACGGCCGCAAGGUGGGCACCGACACCAUCAACCUGGUGCUCGAAAAGUGCCUCGUCUACAAGGACUGGGACACGGCCAUCUGGGCGCUCACCAAGCUGCACGAGUCGGGCUGCGAGGCGGACCACCUGACGUACCAGUACGUGAUCCGCCUGGCCAUCCGGCUGCACCUCCCGCACGCCCUCGGCGUGGCCGUCUUUUACGCCGCGCUCGAGUACAAGCUGCGAGACGUGACGCGCGUCAUUCUCCGCCGCCUGCUCCUCGGCCACGCCAAGGACGCCUUCUGGCUCGAGCAGAGGCCCUUCAUCAUGACGAAGGAAAUGGGCCGCCUGCUCAUGGAGAACAAGGCCCAGGGCAUCUCCCGUGUCGUCAGCCGCGUGGAAUGGGCCAUCAACACGGCCUGCGAGGGCUACAAGCCGUCCAAGCCGCUCGCCAAGAUGCUCGACCUGGCGCAGCGGACAAAGGACCGACCGCUGCAGCUGAGGCUCGACUUCCCCGAGAGCUUCACUUACGAGGGCGCGCACGACGCCAAGCAGGACAUGGCCCUGCGGAUGGAGAGGGUCGAGGGCGACGAGAAGAAGCCGGUGAAUGUCUUUCUGACGUGGACCUUUGAUCCGCGCACCAUGGUCAGGAGGUGGGAUGAGGAGAAGGAGAGGAAGGCCCGGGAGUGGCUGGAUCGACAUGCGAACAAGUCUGGCCAUGGGCAUGAUGUUGUGCAGCAGCAAAAAGGCAGCACUUGA